AUGGCCCAGGAAGAAGAUCCGUUUGAGGGCGGCGAUGAGGCAUUCGAGGUCAUGGCGCCGAUGCUCGUCGAUAAGCUUCAGGAAGGAGGUAUCUCGGCAGCAGACACCAAGAAGCUCUCGGAGGCCGGAUAUCACACCGUGGAAGCUGUAGCGUUCACGCCAAAGAAGCAGCUGUGCAUCAUCAAGGGGAUCAGCGAGGCUAAGGCGGAUAAGAUAUUAGCUGAGGCAUGCAAGCUCGUACCGAUGGGCUUCACAACGGCGACGGAGAUACACUCGAGGAGGUCAGAGCUGGUACAUAUAUCGACCGGGUCGAAAGGACUGGAUACCAUUCUUGGAGGCGGUAUCGAGACUGGCGCUAUCACUGAACUUUUCGGCGAGUUCCGGACUGGUAAAUCGCAGAUCUGCCACACUUUGGCUGUGACAUGUCAACUCCCAGUGUCCAUGGGCGGCGGAGAGGGCAAGUGUCUCUACAUCGACACGGAAGGUACCUUCCGUCCGGUCCGAAUGCUCGCGGUUGCAGAGCGAUACGGCCUGAAUGGGGAGGAAGUCCUAGAUAACAUUGCCUAUGCUAGGGCUUAUAACGCCGAUCAUCAGCUUCAACUGCUGGUGCAGGCUAGUGCUAUGAUGGCGGAGUCACGGUUCGCCCUACUCAUUGUCGACUCGUGUACCAGCUUGUACCGAACGGACUUCUCAGGACGAGGGGAACUUUCUGCCCGGCAAACACAUUUGGCCAAGUUCCUGAGGACGUUGAUGCGUCUUGCGGAUGAGUUUGGUGUCGCUGUCGUCGUCACGAACCAGGUAGUAGCGCAGGUCGACGGAGGGCAAUUCGCCGGAGCGGACGCAAAGAAGCCAAUUGGGGGUAACAUCAUGGCGCACGCCUCUACUACACGGCUAUCUCUACGGAAAGGACGAGGUGCAUCACGGGUGUGCAAGAUCGUCGAUAGCCCUUGUCUCCCGGAGGCCGAAGCCAUCUUUGCUAUCAAUGCGAACGGUAUCGGCGAGCCCGAAGAAUUGAAGGUCGACUAG